CCAAAAUUAUCUUUAGAGACUUUAUAAAGAAUAUUAUUACCACAAUAUAUUAUUAAAUAAAGUUCGGCGUAUGAAAUGCUGAAACUCAAAAAGUAAUGGUAAAUAAUCCAGACCGUAAUGCGUACAUAGACUUGGACCAACAAUUAGGGUGUCCAGUGAGACCCGCUUCAACCCCCCAACCCCCAUAUGCCCUCCAGACAUUCCAACAUUGAACUAAGCCAAGUUACAACCAAUUCCCAAAAUAAUGCGGAGAGUUUAAAUAGGAACCCUAGCGAUAACCAAGAUGAGCACGAUGGCGCGGUUCCAUCGGCGAUGGACCGCGAGGAGACCGAAACGAGCGGGGACACUCUGGACGAUCAGGAGCACCGCGUAAUCUUCAUAAACCGGGCUCAACCUCCUGUCAUUAAGUAUUGUAAUAAUAGGAUCUCCACAGCCAAAUAUAGUAUUAUAAGAUUUGUACCCCUAUUCUUAUUCGAGCAGUUCCGACGAUGGGCGAAUAUAUUUUUUUUAAUGAUCGCCCUGCUGCAACAAAUCCCGGACGUGUCGCCCACCGGCCGUUACACCACUUUAGUGCCUCUCAUUUUUAUUUUGUCGGUCUCGGCCGUCAAAGAAAUCAUCGAAGAUGUCAAAAGACACCGAGCUGACGACGAAACCAACCACAGAAAAGUGGAAGUUUUACGGGGCGAUGUGUGGAUCAACAUACGGUGGAUGGACGUUGUCGUCGGAGAUAUCGUUAAAGUGACCAAUAACAAUUUUUUUCCGGCUGAUCUCGUUCUACUGUCUUCUAGUGAACCUCAAGGUAUGAGCUUUAUCGAAACGGCGAAUUUGGAUGGCGAAACGAAUUUAAAAAUCAGACAAGCGUUACCCAGUACCGCCAAACUGACGACCCUUAAUCACCUUAAGGAAUUGACCGGCACUUUGGAAUGCGAACCACCUAAUAGACACCUGUACGAAUUCACCGGAGUUUUAAAGGAAUAUGGAAAACCUCAUGAACCGUUGGGUCCGGAUCAAAUCCUGCUCCGUGGCGCGAUGCUGCGUAACACCUCCUGGGUGUUCGGUUUAGUUAUUUACACUGGCCACGAGACCAAACUGAUGCGCAAUUCGACCAAAGCCCCACUAAAACGGUCCACCAUCGAUAAAAUGACCAACAUCCAGAUUUUACUGUUGUUCGGUUUGUUGUUCGUCAUGUGCCUGAUUUGUACCAUAUUCAAUGUGUUUUGGAAUCGUGCCAACGCUAAUACUCAUUAUUACAUCGGAAUCGAAGGCGGAGAAAACUUUUUGUAUACCUUUUUGACUUUUCUGAUCCUUUUUAAUAACCUCAUUCCGAUUUCGUUGCAAGUUACUUUGGAAGUUGUUCGAUUCAUACAGGCGAUUUUUAUAAACAUGGACCGGCAAAUGUACCACGAGGAAACUGACACACCCGCGAUGGCGAGAACCUCAAAUUUAAACGAGGAACUCGGACAGGUGAAAUAUAUUUUUUCGGAUAAAACCGGUACUUUGACCAGGAAUAUUAUGGAGUUUAAACGGUGCGCUAUAGGACACGAAAUAUACACACCCACUAGCAUCACUGAGGAAUCAUUACUCGUACAAAAUCUAAGAAACCAUCACAAAGAUUCGGAAUUAAUACGAGACUUAUUAGUCCUUCUCUCUGUGUGUCACACAGUGAUACCGGAAAAAAUGCCCGACGGUUCGAUAGUUUAUCAUGCCGCAUCUCCAGACGAGAGGGCGCUGGUUUACGGGGCCGCCAAGUUCGGUUACGUUUUUAACAGUAGAACUCCUGAUUAUGUUGAAAUUACCGCCCUGGGAGUUACUGAAAGAUAUGAGGUGUUGACUGUCCUAGAAUUCACGUCGGCUAGAAAAAGGAUGUCGGUCAUUGUCAAGGAUCCACAAGGAAAAAUUAAAUUGUUUUGUAAAGGGGCAGACACUGUGAUUUAUGAAAGAUUAGAUAAUAAUGCUUCUACACGUGAAUAUAGAGACUUAUUACUGCAGCAUUUAGAGGCGUUCGCCACCGAAGGUCUUCGCACUUUGUGUUGUGCCGUGGUCGAAUUGAAGGUGAGCGACUACGAGGAUUGGAAGCAGAUGUACCAUAAAGCGAGUUGUAGUUUACAGCACAGAGAAGAAAAAAUCGAAGAAGCUGCCAAUCUCAUCGAACGCAAAUUGAAACUUCUCGGUGCCACGGCCAUCGAGGAUAAAUUACAAGAGGGUGUCCCGGAAACGAUCGCCACCCUACUGAAGGCCGACAUUAACAUUUGGGUGUUGACGGGGGAUAAACAAGAGACCGCCAUCAAUAUCGGAUACUCUUGUAGGCUCAUUUCCCAAGGGAUGCAGAUCAUUAUUUUAAACGAGGAUGGAUUAGAUAGAGCGAGAGAGGCCAUUCUUCGUCACUGUGGCGAACUAGGAGAGAACCUCGAGAGACAGAACGAAAUAGCCCUCGUGAUCGAUGGGAAAACGUUAAAGUAUGCUCUCACCUGUGAAUUAAGAAACGAUUUUUUGAGGUUAUGUGUCUCUUGCAAGGUGGUGGUUUGCUGUAGAGUAUCACCGAUGCAGAAAGCGGAAGUGGUGGAGUACGUGACGAAAUUCACAAAAUCGAUCACGUUGGCGAUCGGCGACGGGGCCAAUGACGUGGCGAUGAUUCAAAAGGCGCACGUCGGCGUCGGCAUAUCGGGGGUGGAGGGGCUGCAGGCGGCCUGCGCGAGCGAUUAUAGUAUUGCACAGUUUCGGUUUUUGUUGAGGCUUUUAUUAGUCCACGGCGCAUGGAACUAUUCGAGGAUGUGUAAACUAAUCUUGUACAGUUUCUACAAAAAUAUUUGUUUGUACCUAAUAGAAUUAUGGUUCGCGAUCUAUUCGGGCUGGUCUGGACAGAUUUUAUUCGAAAGAUGGUCAAUAGGUUUAUACAAUGUACUAUUCACCGCCCUCCCCCCAUUAGCGAUGGGACUAUUCGAUAAAAGUUGCAGCGACGAAAAGAUGAUCAGCUACCCCCAGUUAUACAGGCCGUCUCAAAGCGGCGAAUUGUUCAAUAUUAAAGUGUUUUGGCUGUGGAUCAUAAAUUCGUUGGCGCAUUCGGCCUUAUUGUUCUGGCUACCUAUGAUGGCCGCCCACCACGACAUCUUGUGGUGGAACGGCAAAGAAGGAGGAUAUCUGGUUUUGGGAAACGCCGUCUAUACUUACGUCGUGGUCACUGUGUGCCUGAAGGCCGGUUUAGUGACCAAUUCGUGGCCUUGGCCGACGCACUGCGCCAUUUGGGGUUCGAUCGUUUUAUGGUUUUUCUUUGUUGUUAUAUAUAGUUUAUUCUGGCCAACGAUAGACGUGGGAAGCGUGAUGUGCCGCAUGUACAUAAUGUUAUUCAGCAGUGCCGUUUUUUGGAUGGGACUGUUCUCAAUUCCUGUGAUCACUAUUUUACCCGAUUGUGUUGUUAAAGUAAUUCGAAAUACGGCCUUCAAAACUAUUACCGACAUUGUGAGGGAGAGCGAGAUAACGAAACGAGAUCCGGAGGUGUAUAGGGGAGAUUCCAAAACUUCACCCAUGCAUGCCUUGGAGCAGUUCGCGAUAUACUGUCCGAAACUGCGCGGUUACUCAAGAACGUCUUCUUCAAGAGGACACCGAGGAUCGAACAGGACGUCGAGAUGGCUCAUGGCUUUGCAUUUUCCCAAGAAGAGGGCGGUGCUGUUUCUCAAACGGACGUUAUCAGAGCUUAUAACACCAAUAUACCGAAACCCGACGGCAUGUAAACGAAACAUUUGUUAAUAUUAAGAAAUAACAAAUAAAUAAAUAAAUAAAUAAAUAGUAACGAUAUUUUCUUAUAGUGAGAUUUUGCGUGAGAUUGGCCAAAAUAUUUAUCGAAAUCUAUUACUUACUACUUAGGGAUGAAAGUGUCAAAAACGUUUUACAAUCACUUUAACAGGCACGUACUUGUACUUCUUACCUAUCGAUUGGUGUUUCACCCUUUUACUUUUCAUCAUUAAAAUUAUUUUUACGGCUUAUAUGGGGUCACCCCGUAUUGUAUAGUGAUAUAAUAUGUGGCAUGGAAACACCAAAGAUAAAAAACAAUUAUAUUUAUAUAAUAGUUUAAACUUAAUAUUGCAAUUUUAAAACAAAAAAUAAGUUUUUCAUAAUAAGAUAUCCUUUAUAACUUGUAUAUUUUAUAAACAUGUUAGUGGUUAAGCCUUAAUCCUGUUUUACUAUUUCUGAUUUGUUUUGAAAUUAUUAAUGCUUUUUAUAUUGUGAUUACGCUUUUAUAUUUUAAGUAUCGGGAAUUGUAAUUUCUUCAGUUGUGAAAUAAAGGGGAUAUUGUCUUGUUGUAA